GUCAUUCAAAACAACCAGUUUGAGAAUAUGAUUCCAAAAACCCACCUUCCCUGCAUGGCCUCUUAAAAGAUAGCUUUUUUGUAAUGCACUUUAUCAUCUUCAGUGCAGCUCUUGGAUACUGUGCUUUAAAAACCCAUCUGUUUUCUGCCUGCUAUAUAGUUGUUAGGAUAAGCCAAGAACCCCAGUGAGUUGUGUGUUCUGAAUCUGCUUGUGGAGAUGACUGCCUUGAGUGAGGAAGUCACGCUGAUUCUGAUACCUGUAGCUGCCGUGGUGGGCAUUGGCUUUGCUUUGAUUCAAUGGUUUAUGGUCUCAAGGGUUAACGUCUCGAAAGAUUCAAGCAAUGGGAUGAAAGACAAGCUGCUUGAAGAAGAAGAAGAGGGGGUUGAUUAUCAUGAGGUUGCUAGCAAGUGUGCUGAGAUUCAGAAUGCCAUUUCUGUUGGAGCAACCUCAUUCCUGUUCACGGAGUAUAAGUACCUUGGCAUCUUCAUGGGUGCAUUUGCAGUUGUCAUCUUCCUCUUCCUUGGUUCAGUUAAGGGCUUCAGCACAAAAAGUGAACCUUGCACAUACAGCCAGGGAAAUAUUUGCAAGCCAGCACUGGCUAAUGCCGUAUUUAGUACAGUUGCUUUCUUGCUUGGAGCUAUUACUUCGACACUGUCUGGUUUUCUUGGGAUGAAGAUUGCAACCUACGCAAAUGCUAGAACAACUCUAGAGGCCAGGAAGGGUGUUGGAAAGGCAUUCAUCACAGCUUUUCGCUCUGGUGCUGUGAUGGGCUUUCUUCUUGCUGCCAAUGGCCUUCUGGUGCUCUUUGUCUCAAUCAAUUUAUUUAAGCUGUAUUAUGGGGAUGACUGGGAGGGGCUUUAUGAGUCUAUUACUGGUUAUGGUCUUGGGGGUUCUUCAAUGGCUCUCUUUGGAAGAGUUGGGGGUGGAAUAUACACAAAAGCUGCUGAUGUUGGUGCUGACCUUGUUGGGAAAGUUGAAAAAAAUAUCCCCGAGGAUGAUCCAAGAAACCCUGCCGUCAUUGCUGAUAAUGUGGGUGACAAUGUAGGAGACAUCGCAGGGAUGGGUUCUGAUCUAUUUGGUUCUUAUGCUGAGUCAUCAUGUGCUGCACUUUUUGUUGCAUCUAUAUCUUCCUUUGGUGUCACUCAUGACUUCACAGCCAUGUCUUAUCCCUUGAUUGUGAGCUCAAUGGGGAUUGUGGUUUGCCUGAUAACCACACUUUUUGCAACUGAUCUAUUUGAGAUUAAGCAUGUCAGUGAAAUUGAGCCAGCUUUGAAGAGACAACUCCUUAUCUCAACUAUUCUGAUGACUGCUGGGAUUGCAAUUGUUAGCUUCUUUGCUCUGCCAUCAGAAUUCUCUCUCUUCAAUUUUGGGACCGAAAAAGCUGUAAAGAACUGGCACCUUUUCUUCUGUGUUGCAAUUGGCUUGUGGGCUGGACUUGUCAUUGGAUACACUACAGAAUACUACACUAGCAAUGCUUACAGCCCGGUGCAGGAUGUAGCAGAUUCUUGUAGGACUGGUGCUGCAACAAAUGUGAUAUUUGGCUUGGCUCUGGGAUACAAAUCUGUCAUUAUCCCCAUCUUUGCCAUUGCCAUUGCAAUUUAUGUUAGCUUUAGCCUGGCUGCUAUGUAUGGAAUUGCUGUGGCUGCUUUAGGGAUGCUUAGUACCAUUGCCACUGGCCUUGCAAUUGAUGCUUAUGGUCCCAUCAGUGACAAUGCUGGUGGUAUAGCAGAAAUGGCUGGAAUGAGUCACAAGAUACGCGAAAGAACAGAUGCUUUAGAUGCUGCAGGAAACACCACUGCUGCCAUUGGCAAGGGUUUCGCUAUUGGAUCAGCAGCCCUUGUUUCACUUGCUUUAUUUGGUGCCUAUGUAAGCAGAGCAGGCAUCAAGGCUGUUGAUGUAUUGACUCCAAAAGUCUUCAUUGGGCUGAUUGUUGGAGCCAUGCUUCCCUACUGGUUUUCAGCCAUGACAAUGAAGAGUGUGGGAAAGGCAGCUCUCAAAAUGGUUGAAGAGGUUCGCCGGCAAUUCAAUUCUAUCCCAGGGCUAAUGGAAGGCAGGGUAAAACCUGACUAUGCAAACUGUGUCAAGAUUUCAACUGAUGCUUCACUUAGGGAGAUGAUCCCUCCUGGAGCUCUGGUCAUGCUCACACCACUCAUUGCUGGUACCUUCUUUGGAGUUGAAACUCUAGCUGGUGUUCUUGCUGGUUCACUUGUUUCUGGUGUCCAGGUUGCCAUCUCAGCUUCCAACACAGGAGGAGCCUGGGACAAUGCCAAGAAAUACAUAGAGGCUGGUGCAAGCGAACAUGCCAGAUCUUUAGGUCCAAAGGGUUCAGAUCCUCACAAAGCUGCAGUCAUUGGUGACACAAUUGGAGACCCUCUGAAGGACACUUCCGGCCCUUCCCUCAACAUCUUGAUCAAGCUCAUGGCAGUUGAAUCUUUGGUGUUCGCCCCAUUCUUCGCGGCUCACGGGGGAUUGCUCUUCAAACUGCUCUAAAUCCCAUCAGUUCACCUUUUCCAGGAGCCAACACUAGCGUACAUGUUCAGUAGUUUAGUUGUUAAGUACAAUCAGUAGAGCUCUUAGCCUCUCUUCCUUAACUGCACCGAAAUGUAAAGAAAAAAAAAAGAAAAAAAAAAAGAGAAAAAAAAAAAAGAAAAAAAAACCUUGGCUUUGCUUCAAAUAAAUAUAUUUUAAGUUUAUAAACCAUAUUUUUCCCAAUAUUUGUAUAAUUUUGAAUACUCGGGCAAGCCUUCAAAAUUU